GUUCAGUGCUUUAGGAUAAUAUACUGACAACUUCAAAUGUUAACUCAAUCGUCAAAACCUGUGGGAAAAUUGCCUUACUUUUAAGCAAAGACCAUAUCUUGCACAGGCAAAAAACAUGACGAAGACGAAACAAGUGGUUUGAACACUGCUUUGAUCUUAGACCUAUGAGCAGUUCAAGCCAUUAGAGAGUAAUAUCCUUAACUAAUGAAUAGAAUCAUUCUAUUUCGCAAAUUUGCCAUUUCGUAGGCAUUAACGCUUUACCCUAUAAAGAUUUCUACUCGGUGCGCACCCCUAUUUCUGACACCAUCAAAUCUUGCUUCGCUCGAAGUGGUCAUUGUUCGAGUGGUCCUCUUGAAGUCGACAUGGGAUUGCUCACAAACAUUUGAAUGUAGAGUCAGACGCAACAAGGGCCCUAAUAUGUCUCUCAUCCACAAGCAUUUGUCCAAGACUCCUAAUUUCAGGAAUGAUCCGAUCAAAAUGAACACCAAUGGAAGCCUGAAGCAAGAGGUCAAACUCAACACUAUUGGUAGCGUGAUUAAGUCGGUGAGCUAUGAGAUCAAGUUUAGUGCCAAUAAAGGUCGAGGAGCGUUCCUAUUGGAACCCGUGGAGGCUGGAAAUCUCGUAUUAUUGGAACAAGCCGCCGUAAUUGGUCCUAAGCAGACGUCUCCACUGGUGUGCCUCGAAUGCUUCACCAAGCUCAGUACCAAAGAUCUCGAGUAUUGUUGUUCGAAAUGUGGUUCCACCUUGUGCCAGUCUUGUUCCAACCUUGAGUUGCGGCCUCUCCACGAUUCUGAAUGCCAAAUCUUUCAACAGGCCGGUCACCGGUUCAAUCCCAGCACUGAAAAAGGCGCAAGAGCUCUGUACAACAUUGUGACCCCAUUGAGGUUUCUCUUGAGAGCGGAACGAAAUCCAGAAAUACUCUUCCUCCACGAUAACGCCGAGAGUCGACAAGACACUUUGAUUUAUUGCUUCAAUCAGGUCACCGUGGCCCGAACCCUUCGGGAGCAACUUCAACUGAAAGAGAGAUUUAGCGAGGCUUUCAUUCACAAGGCUUGUGGGAUUUUGGAUACCAAUUGCUACGAACUGGGAUGGAACCAGUUGCAAGCUCGAGGGCUCUUCUUGGAUAUUGCUCAUAUCAACCAUGACUGUGUUCCCAAUUGCUUCAAGUUCUUUGACGAGAACAACAACAUGUGCGUCAUGAGCGCUCAAGACUUACAACCAGGCGACGAACUGACUUUGUCCUAUACUCCGCCAUUGAUGUCCACUCCAUUGAGACAGGUCAUUCUUCAACAAACGAAAUUAUUCGUGUGCCACUGUGCUCGAUGCCAUGAUCCCAAAGAGUUGGGAGCCAAACUUGCCGCCCUAAAAUGUUCCCCAUGCGGAGGCGACGUUCUCCCAGAGAACCCGAUUGAUCUCAAUUCCGACUUUAGAUGCGAAUCCUGUGCCACAAUUGUUCCAUCCGAAAGAGGCAAGAUGAUGCUGGAUACGGCCAUGAAGUUCGUUGGGAAAGGGAGUGGGAACACCCAGGUGUCCGGCGACACGUUCGAUGUGAUCCAGCAUCUCGGGAGGUUCCUCCGCCCAACGCAUAAUCUGAUUGUUGAUCUGAAGCUGCGAUUCCUGAAUCAAUUGCUCAUGGAAGUGGAACACGAUCUAGAAAGUCGGGACACGGCUGAAACACAGGAGAAAUUGGCCCAUAGCCUGGGAUUUGGCCUCGAUCUGCUCAACAUGGCUGUGAUAGUGAAUCCUGGCAAGAGUCGACUCCGAGGAAUAAUUUCGGAUCUGUACCACAAGUUGGACAAACAUGUCAUUAAUGGCCAAGAUAUCAAGUGUGAGAUGGAGGCUCUUAUGUCGGAAAAAGAUAUUCAGGCCCAAUUCAAGUUUGAUCGAGGUUUCCACGCCAACAAUGGAACUACAUUACUGUCAAAUGGGACUAAAUGCCUGGGAUAGGCCAGCCAUAAAUGCGGGCCAAUAAAUUAGGCUCUUCAAUAAUUGUCACGCCACGAUCUCGUUACAAUUUCAUGGUUGAACAAACAAAGUUAUGGAAGAACAUCA